AUGGCGUCCGUAAAGUCGAGCCCCAUCCGUCUCCCCAUCCUGCUGCUACUGCUGCUCCUCCUCGCAGGUAAGCGGCAUGCUACCAGCGAGCAGGGCUUUGAACCUUACAAUUCUAUAUCAAGCAUUUACCUUGAGCACGUCCCUCACCGCGCCCUGAGCAACAUGGUGUGCGGUGAUGUGCUGUGCGGUGAUGUGCUGUGUGGUGUUGUGCUGUGUGGUGUUGUGCUGUGCAGUGUUGUGCUCUGCGGUGAUGUGCUGUGCGGUGAUGUGCUGUGCUGUGAUGUGCUGUGCGGUGUUGUGCUGUACGGUGUUGUGGUGUGCGGUGUUGUGCUGUGCGGUGAUGUGCUGUGCGGUGUAAUGUGCUGUGUGGUGUCGUGCUGUGCGGUGUUGUGCUGUGCGGUGUUGUGCUGUGCUGUGCGGUGUUGUGAUGAUGCCAAGACGGUGGUAGUGGGGUGGAGGUUCAAGCGCUGGGAUGCGAGUGUGAAGACGUGGUGCCCACCCCGUCUCAGCUAUGGUGACACAGCUGUGUUCCAAUGGAAUGACUGGCGGCGCAAGCACAACGUGGUGGCUAUUGGCUCCGUGGGCUAG